CCCCCGCCGUCCCCGUCCCCCCCCUCCCCCCCCCCCCUCCCCGGGCCGGGCCGGGCGGAGCGGGGCCUCCGAGCUCCCUGAGGCGCCCCCGGGCCCUGCAUGGGCCGCCCGGCGCCAUGUUCGUGCAGGAGGAGAAGAUCUUCGCCGGGAAGGUGCUGAGGCUCCGCGUGUGCACCAUGGAGGGCGCCGAGUGGCUGGAGGAGGUCCCCGAGGACACGACGGUGGAGAAGCUGAAGGAGCGCUGCCUCAAGCACUGUGUACCUGGGAGCUUGGAGGAUCCAAAAACUGUGACACAUCAUAAGUUGAUACACGCUACUUCUGAGAAGGUGCUGACAGACACAAAAACAGUGUUGGAGGAAAACAUUCAAGAUAGAGAUGUCUUGCUCUUAAUCAAGAAGCGUGCACCACCUCCGCUCCCCAAGAUGGCAGAUGUGUCAGCAGAGGAGAAAAGGAAACAAGAGCAGAAAGCUCCUGAUAAGGAUGCUAUUCUCAAAGCAACUGCAAAUCUGCCCUCUCGCAAUGUAGAUCGCACUGUGGCCCAUCACAACAUGAGGGAUUUCCAGACAGAGCUCCGGAAAAUCUUAGUUUCUCUCAUAGAAGUUGCACAGAAAUUGCUAGCACUGAAUCCAGAUGCGGUUGAACUAUUUAAGAAGGCAAAUGCCAUGCUGGAUGAGGAUGAGGAAGACAGAGUGGAUGAGAUAGCUCUGCGGCAGCUUACAGAAAUGGGGUUUCCAGAGAGCAGAGCUGUCAAAGCCCUUCGAUUAAAUCAUAUGUCGGUGACACAGGCCAUGGAGUGGUUGAUAGAACAUGCGGAUGACCCUGCAGUAGAUGCUCCGCUGCCAGGCCAGACUCCAUCAGAAGCCCCGGCCGAAGCUGGUGCAUCCUCUGCUGAAGCAACUGCGGGUCCUAGUUCAGAAGCAGGUGGGGAAGAGGCCAAGGAUGAGCUGACAGAAAUAUUCAAGAAGAUCCGGAGGAAAAGAGAGUUUCGUCCAGACCCACGAGCUGUCAUUGCCCUGAUGGAGAUGGGAUUUGAUGAAAAAGAAGUGGUAGAUGCACUCAGAGUAAACAACAACCAGCAAAAUGCAGCCUGUGAAUGGCUGCUAGGAGACAGAAAGCCUUCUCCAGAGGACCUAGAUAAGGGAAUCGACACCAAUAGCCCUCUCUUCCAAGCCAUCUUAGAAAAUCCAGUGGUACAGUUAGGGUUAACAAACCCCAAAACUCUACUAGCCUUCGAGGAUAUGCUUGAAAACCCCCUGAACAGCACUCAGUGGAUGAAUGAUCCCGAAACGGGGCCUGUCAUGCUACAGAUCUCCCGAAUCUUCCAGACACUGAAUCGCACGUAGAGGGGGAUGCCAGUCCACUGUGCCACUUCCUACUGUCCCUCGUGUCACCUUCUCCUCACGGGAGGGUGCAUGGGUUGUUGGGGGGGUGGGGGGUGGAAGGGGCAGGAGGGGGCAGAUUCUGGCCGAGGGGGUGUCUCGCACGGGGUAUGUAGUUAACGGCCAACUGCAGUUAAUUGCCUUGUGGAUUUAGUGUUAGUGGAAGAGGUUUGAAGACUUGUUUAUGUUUUUUCAGGUAUUAGGUCAAAAAUAAAGUAUAUCAAAAAUAGGAAAAGGUUUUGUGAAAACAAUUAAGAAUCUGUUGGAAAGAAAUAUGAUAUUGCUUGUCAAAAAGGCCUGUGACAGUAGUUUUCUAGCCAGUUUUACUAGCGUCUGGCUAAUGUUUACAAAAGGUCACUGACCACUAGCAUAGGAUAUUAAUCAUCUCCAUGCAGUAUUAAUUUAUGGCUAUAUCAAAUUAUAAAAUGCUUUUUAAAAUUGAUUCUUAGGGAACGUUUUUUAAAAGUCCAAAUAUUGGGAGAGCAAGCACAUUUCUAUCCAAACUUGUCUGUCUUGCAUUAUAAUUUAAACAGAAUAAUUCAUAGAUGGAAUUCUUUUAAUAAAUAGCAUUACUUUUUCCUAUUUA